AUGUCAGUUAACUACGAACAAGUGACGGUAGCGCCGUUGGUGUUACUUUCAAUUCUGGACCAUUAUAAACGUAUCAACACACCUCAACAUAAACGUUGCGUGGGAGUCAUUCUGGGGAACGACCAAGGAUCCACUCUAAGAGUGACUAAUUCCUUUGCAUUGCCUUUCGAAGAAGAUGAGAAGAACCCAGAUGUGUGGUUUUUGGAUCACAAUUACAUUGAAAACAUGAACGAUAUGUGUAAGAAGAUCAACGCCAAGGAAAAGCUCAUUGGAUGGUACCACAGCGGACCAAAACUCAAGGCUGCAGAUCUCCGUAUUAACGACCUGUUUAAGAAAUACACCGCUGCCCACCAGCAGCAACCGCUGCUGCUGAUCGUUGACGUCCAACAACAGGGCGUGGGUCUACCUACAACGGCGUACAUGGCCGUAGAACAGGUUAAAGAUGACGGUACUUCCACUGAAAAAACGUUUCUACAUUUGCCUUCGUCAAUAGAGGCCGAGGAGGCCGAGGAGAUCGGUGUGGAGCACCUACUGCGCGAUGUCCGUGACCAGGCCGCUGGCGGACUUUCUAUCAAGCUCACGAAUCAGCUUAAGUCCCUCAAGGGUCUACAACAGAAACUUGCAGACAUUGCUGCAUAUCUGGAGAAAGUGAGUCUCCGCCAGCUGCCUGUAAACCAUACGAUUCUGGGUAAGCUUCAGGAUGUUUUUAAUCUACUACCCAACCUGGGCGUUCCAGAUGAUGACGAAAUGUCUGGAACAGAUCAACAACUCGCCGCUGCCUCAAGCACUUUGCAAAAGGCGCUGGCUGUCAAGACGAACGAUGAGCUCAUGGUGAUUUACGUCAGCAACCUCGUUCGUGCAAUCAUCGCGUUUGACAACCUGAUCGAGAAUAAAAUUCAGAAUACCAAAUUGCAUCGCCAACACGAACAGCAGCUGCCCGAAGCCACGAAUGACAAGAAGGCGGAAGAGGAUCCUUCGACGACAACCGCGGCUUCUGAUAACCAACCAUCUGCUUCAUAG